AUGGGCAAAAAUCAAGCUUACAAGGCUAUGCAGAGAGCCAGGCUCGGCUCCAGCUCUGCUGGCCCUGAUGAGGUCGAAGACGGCAUGGUGGAUGGUUCAUUUCAUUCACCAGAGUGGCAUGCUGCUCGUUUGGCUAGCCUCAAAACUUCUCAUACAAUUACCUGGGAGGAGUAUAAAAAGAAGCAAAAGGAAGAUGAAAUUAGAAAGGGAGAACUGGAAAAAGACACUGAUAGAAUGAUGAGAGAAUACAGAGCUCAACUGGAUGCCGAACGGGCUCGCAAGCUUGCCAAUGGAAGAAACCACUCCAGUAGUAAGUCUGAUCGCAAAAAAGAUAGGAAGGAUAAAGAUUUAAAGAAACGCAGCAGCAGAAAGAGAAAGCAUUCAAGAAGGAGAUCUUCAGAGUCUGGCUCCUCAAGUUCAUCCUCAGAAUCUUACAGUAGUGAAGAAGAAGAGAGAGAUUCGAAAAGAUCCAAGUCCAGGUCUAAGAGAACAAAGAAGGAAAAGAAGCACAGGUCAAGGACCAAACACUCCAGCAGUGACGAUGACGAGGCUGAUGGUCCUGUGCCACUUUCAAGAUUCUUUGGGAGCGUGAAGAGCUAA